GUGAAGGGAAACAACGAGGUGAGACAAUCGACGAGGUGAGAAUGGAUCCACUGUCAGCUCUGAGAGAGUUCACGAUGAGAGGGGAGCUCGACAAGAUUGUCAAACUCAACGGCGAGUUCCGCUUCGGCGAGGAGUAUUCCUUCCCUUGCUCCGUCGAGACGGCGUACCGCUCAACCAAAGGUAACCGCUACACCCUCGAAACCCUAGUCCACUAUGUGAAGAACCACCACCUCAAACACACUGAGUAUUUCCAGAACACCUUCGCACUCGGCAUCCCCUCCGUCACACUCCCUGAUCGGAAACCCAUCCUCCACUACCUCCAAGGCACCCUCGCUUCCACCGAUUCCAUCGAGUACCGCCCUGAAGACCCUUCCUUCGCCCCCACUCCCAUCAUCCCCUCCAUCCCCAUCUCCCUUGACCAGCCCCCAAACAAACCCGACGACACCGAAAUUGAUUUCAUGGCGUUGAUUAGGGCCGCUGAGAAGCCGCUCAAGGAUCGGGAGUCUCUUCUCGAGUGUAAGAAUCGCGACUUCUACAGCGUCCUCGUCGCCGCCACCAAGCGCGAGGAGGAGCGCCAGAGGAUUGAGUCGCACCAGAGGAAGGAUGGCCUCGUCGCCAAGAGUCGGUUAAUGGGUGGCGACGAUAGGGGUGGAGGGUUUGGGGAUGAUUUGGGGUAUGACCCAAACCCUAAACCUAAGAUGCAUUUGAAGGGUUCUAAGAUUGGGGAAGGGGUUCCGAUUAUCUUGGUCCCAAGUGCGUUUCAGACGCUGAUUACUAUCUACAAUGUGAAGGAGUUUUUGGAGGAUGGGAUUUAUAUUCCCACUGAUGUUAAGGUUAAGCAGAUGAAAGGUACCAGGCCUGACUGUGUCACUGUGCAGAAGAAGCUUAGCAGAGACAGGGUUGUUGCUGCUUAUGAAGUGAGGGAUAAGCCUUCUACUCUUAAACCAGAAGACUGGGAUCGUGUGGUUGCUGUGUUCGUCUUGGGGAAGGAGUGGCAGUUUAAGGAAUGGCCUUUCAAGGAUCAUGUUGAGAUUUUUAAUAAAAUUAUUGGAUUUUUCAUACGUUUUGAAGACGAUAGUAUGGAGUCAGUUAAGACUGUGAAGCAGUGGAAUGUAAAGAUUAUCUCGAUUAGCAAAAACAAGCGACACCAGGACAGGGCCGCAGCAUUGGACGUGUGGGAUAGGCUAGAAGAAUUUGUACGGUCACGAUCACAUUCUUGAUCUUAGUACUGUAUUUAGAGGCCACUGUAUGUAAUUUAUUUUUUUUAAGCUCCUCACAUCAGAAUGUUACAAUUUUGCUGUCUUGCUUUAUCAGAUGAUAUGAGAUAUAAGUGAUUCCAACUUCCCAUAGUAGAUUUUUUGUACUAUGAGUUUAGUACAUGGACUGAUAUCCUUUGUGCUUGGAAGACUUAUAUGCUGAUGCUCCAUAGAAUUGAUGGAAUACAAUUGUAACAAAGUUUUAGAGUUA